UCGACUGGAAUACCGCCUCUUUAAACGAAGUGAGGAAAAGGAAGAAAUAUAAAGAAUAACGAGCAACUGAGCGGUCAGGGCGCAAGUGCACAAGUCCACCUCCAGCUCAGACCAAAUACACGUUCGCUUUGACCCCCGCACUUUCAAAAUCAACCCUCGUAUUCUGCACGAUCUCUGUGAUAAUGGCACGGAGGGCCUUGACAGAUGACCAGACAUCUUGGGCCAAAUGCGGCUCGAAUCCGCGAUAACCAACGCCGCUCCCGCGCGCGUCGAAAAGACUACAUUCGCGAGCUUGAAGAACGUGUGCAAAGUUAUGAAAAACUCGGAGUAACCGCCACGCAGGAGGUUCAGGCGGCUGGGCGAAAAGUGGCACAGGAGAACAAAUGGCUGCGGGAACUGCUAGGUCUUCAUGGAAUUUCGGAUCUGCAAGUCAAUCAUUACGUGGCUUCGAGAAAAAACGAGAAUGCGGUGCCAGCUCCGCCAGAGUUAGGUAGAGAGGGUGGUCAUAGAAAGUCGAUGGCCACGUUAUCCACAAAACAGCAUGCUCAUCAACAUGUGCUGAUGUCGUCCCCGGCUUUCUCAGGCGAGGAGCCCGUGCCGCAAGACAGGAUAGGAAGCGGCCAGGCCAACGGGCUGCCACUUAACCAAUACACAAUGGCAGAACAGCAUGUCGAGACGUCAAUGUCCUGUGAGGCUGCGGCGAAUAUCAUUGCGGGCAUGCAGAUUGAUUCCGAUAGAUCUCUGAUACGAGAAAGGCUUGGCUGCAGUUCGGCGGAUUGCCAAGUGCGACACUUGACCAUUUUUGAGAUGCUGGAUUUUGAGUGA